AUGGAGCUUGACCCAAGGCCGUUUGAGUCGGUCAAUGUUGGCCUGACGAGCGUGGAAGUGGGAAGAGACAGGUUUACCAGCCAUGAAAUGUUCCAUCCGCCUCCUAUAGCUUACUGGCGAAACAAUUUGACCGCUCUGUCCCAGCGCUACAAUCUCUACUUCGUGGCAACGCGGAAUUCCAUCGUCGUCUACAAACCAGAGUUUCCCUUCCAGAGACUUCACCGAAUACCCUGUCUGAUGAUCCUACCGACCCUAGCCAAUCCGAAUGCUAAAGGCUAUAUUGAUCCGCACUCGCCCCAUGAUAUCAAUCAUCUAACUGUGGGUGAUCUGGGGACGGAGGAAAUCCUGCUGCUCGCAACCGAUUCCGGUAAUGUCACAGCUUACUAUACUAAGUCACUGGAGGCAGCCAUAAGGAAAACACCAUUGCCUUACAUCCCGCAUCCACGGAGCGACCAUUUGGGGGUAAGGGCCUGCUUUGCACAAUGGGUUGGUGAGUCGGCUUGGGGGCUGAGUAUCCACACCCAUGCCCGUAUGAUCGCCGUUUCAGCAAACACUCCCUAUCACAUUCAGAGUGGCGAUCCUACGGCCAAGAUUACCGUCUUCGCUUUCGCCUUGACAAAGGAACAACAAGGGGAAGAGGAAGAGGACGAGGACGAGGACGAGGACGAAGAUGAGUCCAUGCAUGAAACCUUCGAUGCCGCUGAACACACCAGGCAGCCAGACUGGCCCGAAUGGGAAACCAAUGUAUCGGACAUGUUCCCUCCACCAAGAAAUAAGAACUACAAGAUCACAUUGGCGGGCUUUGAUGGACACGACCACAAUAUUCCAAGCAUCUCGUUUGUGAAUACGGACCAGGAUUUGGAAGGCCGGUGGCUGUUGAGCACCGACAUCGCAGGUAUGAUGAAGAUGUGGCAGAUUUGGCAGGGCAAGUGCCUCAAGACAUGGGACUUAUCCGAAAAAAGAAUGCGCUCAGCCUUCUUUCCAAGACGCGAAGGAGGAUGGCUUGUUACUGCCUUGGACUCUCGUGCUUUCCGGCUAGCCGAGACCAUGGACGAGUUCUGCGGACAUUCCAAAGCCCCCCAGUACCAUGGGCAUGCUGGUGAAAGUUACGAUAUCACUCACAUCGUUAGGGUUCGCACGCCGGGCAACAGCGCCACGUUUCCGCCACUGGAUGGGUCCCCGGAAGAGGAAAGUGGCGACGAAGGCGACCAGGAGACUUCUGGCUCGUGGUCAGAUAUGGACCAAGGCGAUGUUGAGGAUGACGAAACCAUACUAGACGAACUCACCAGGCAAAUUGAUCCUCGCCCUGCGGCUGAGAUCUCCUCGGAAACAUCUUCCGAUGUUGCAGAGAGCGAAGCAGCAGAUCGAUUGACGGUAGUCGUGGAAAUAACGAGCUCAAAUCUGGACCGGGGUUCUGAUCACAAUACGGCAACUCCUCCUGUUGGGACAGGAGCCCCUUCUAAUACCGUGCUUUCUGAACAGCCUCGGACCGGUUCUAAUGCUUUUGAGGGCGGGCAGGACGGUAUCGCGUCGGCUGGUAAUUCCAGCGCUCCGCGAUCAGUCGACAUCGUCCGUAGGAACAAUCAUGAAGCCCAGGGCGAGACGGCAUCGACCCUGCAAGUGGAGCCAUCCAUGUCUGAGCGGCAACAGUUUGGGCCAGCACAUCAAAAACCUAAGUGGAAGAGCAGUGGCUGGGAUGCCCACAAGGUUCGCACAGGGACAACUCCUCCUGCUAUACCAGUUCUUCACUGCAGCACCUCGAAUCUCAGGCUCAUGAUUGCACCGGAAGCAGAUAGCGCCCACCUUUUUUGUGCCAAUCUCCUGAAGCAAGUUUUGCCACAAGAGAUUGAGCAGACGAGACAUUCGCACCUGGAUAGGCUGAACAUGAUACAGGAAAUCCCCGAGUUAGGAGUGGUGAUUGUAGCUACACAGCUGGGCCGGUGUGCGAUCUGCAGCCUGACCAAGAACGACAAAACUGGCUCAUAUGGGUUGAGGGUCGAUUGGACGCUGCCUACUCACAAACAAGAGGUUCAAAAGCUGCGACCGUUCCUGCCUUUGUUGGGGAUUGCGGCCUCACCGAUUCAGGGUCACUUGAAGAAAGAAGCUCACGCGGCCGGCUAUACAAAUGAUACUGCGAUUGAAUGGGGCUCGGAUGGCACGGUCGAUGGGGUACCCACCACAUUUGAUCCCGCCGUUGUCGUCGUCCGGCAAUGUGAACCCCCAGAAAGCGACACGCAUGAGCAAAGCCCUGGCCAAGAGAGUGGAGGCGGCGAGAACGACGGUGAGCAUAAGCUGAAACGUAAGAGACUGUCCUAUUCUCCUGACACCGAGCCACCUUCGAGGGUGAGCACCGAAACUAGUACAUGGCAGACACCCUCGAGCAUGGACUCAUGGCAGUCCACGGAGAACAGCCGCAGGUACAGACUCAUGCUCACUUAUAUGGACAUGACUGUGUUGACAUACGAGAUCUGGCGAGGGGUGGAAAGGCAUGAGAUUGAACAGGAAGAGAUAUCGACACUCGACAUGCUAGAUUGA